AUGUUCAACCUCAAGGCUAUUUUUUCUCUGGUUGCCCUUUGGGUUUCUCUGGUCACUGCUCAACAGCUUACCAUCACUGAGCCUUCCUCUGAUCGCUGGUGGAUCGCCCAGAGUAUUAAUACCCUCAGGUGGAAUUGCGAGCAGACUACAUAUACCAACUGGACCGUGCUCAUCACUAACCCCGACGUCACCGUUCUCAGUGGCCCUUUGGCCCUUAUUGCGAUCCAAUGGAACUACGAUUGCUCCAAGACCAUCACCCCUGGUGAACAGCUCAAGCCCGCAACUGGUUACGUUAUGCAAUUUGCCAAUCCUUUGAACUCGACAGAUGUCUGGGCUACUUCGCAACCAUUUGAAGUCAAGGCCGUUGGUAGCGCGUACCCUCCUGAGUAUACCUCUACUGGCGUUCCCGGAACCGGUCCCACUGGAACUACCUCCAGCUCCCAUAGCACCGCCGCCCCAACUACCACCUCUACCCCUUCCGCCAACAAUGGUGCCAUCGCCAACACCGCUAUGUCUGCCUUGAUUGGCUUGACUGUCUUAGGUGCCACUGGACUCGUUCUCUAA